AUGGAUAGUCAUAAUCCUAAUUCCGAUAUUUUCUCUUCGCCACACAUCCUUCAUGUAAAUUCAAACACUCACAAUUGUAUCGCCAGGUUAGUUCACUCGGGAUUAUAUUCAAAAAAGAACAUUCAGAAACAUGUGGUACAGACGUAUUUUGAUGCUCACGCUGUAUUUGAGAAUCCACUUAUAGCAGUAGAAUCCCAUUCAGAAAUCAUCAAUAUCUUCACGUUGGCAUCCACAUUCUUCUUCGACAUCACUCCUGAAAUCCACAGUGUCACCGAUUGCCCAAUAGCCGGAAAUCAUCACAUCGUAUGCAUCGACUCCGUGAUCAAAUAUCGCCUUCCAUUGCGCCUACCACCCAUUCCCAACUUGAUAAUACCAUUUUUUUGUGCCAAUAAUGAUAGAUGUUGUAUUUUUAGUAAUGAAAUCAACUUAAGAAUUAUUUCGAGGUUUGAGUUUAAUGAACAAAAGAAGAUAGUGAGGCAUGAAGACGUGUGGAGUUUAAAGGAUUUGGUGGAAUCUGUGCCGAUAAUUGGGUGGUUGUAUGCGGAGGUGGCGAGAAAGGCAACUGGGUUGGUGACCAAUGGUAUCGUGAUGCUAAUACAGGAGUUGACCAUGGCGUGGAAUAAGUGGGAGGUCUAA